AUGUCGAACACUGCGAUUAGCUUGGCUUUGAUUGUGGAGGACGAUGGCCGCACAACCGAGGUGGUUCGUGAUGGAAGCGCCCUGGAGGUGGCCCGCACCAUUGUGCGAAAAAUCGACAACGGCGAUGAUGGCAAGAAGAGCUUCGAAGACAAGGGACAUCGAUUCGACGUCUGGGUGGCGGAUCGUGUGGUGUUCCUUGCGGCUGCCAAGCAGGGUGCCGCCAAGCAGCGCGUGUGCUUCGAAUUCCUCGGCACGAUCAGACAGGAGUACGAUGUGAAGGGCUACGCAGACCAGCAGAACGUUUCCUCGUUCAAGAAGUUCGUGGAGGCCCAGCUGGAUCGGUUCUCGGACUACAAGAACGUUGACAAGAUCGGAGCCGUGCAGGCCAAGGCCGACGAGGUCAAGGACAUCGCCCUCCAGAACUUGGACAGACUGCUCGAGCGACAGGGCAAAGACGGUCGAUGCCUCCGAGAGGCUGAAGGAGCAGGGCGGCAUGUUCCAGCGUCUGUCGAGGAAGCAGAAGUGCAUGGAGAGGAGGCGCAACAUUUUCUGGACGAUCGUGCUCGCCAUCUGCUGUCUC